AUGUAUGUAUGGUUACAGCAAUUGUUCCGGACACAACAGGCGGCGGCUGCGGGUGGUCAGGCGGCGGCGGCUCAACUUCAGCUCCUGCAGCAACAGCAACAACAACAGUUCCAAUUACAACAACAACUGGCCGCGCAGCAAGCGUUCACACAAGCGCCGUAUGUUAUAAAUGCGGGCCAAGAGGGCGCGCCGUACGUGAGCGCAUUAAUCGCAGGCGUGCCGCCGUACUACGGGGUAGCGGCACCGUGGGGGGGUGUACCCCGGGUUGGUAGCACAGCAGCAAGCGCAGCAGCCCCGUCGGCCGCUAACACCGCAGGCGGGUGA